AUCGAAGCUACCUCAAGUAUGCCAGCAUCACUACAUGCAUUGCUUUUACCCUGAUACCAUCCAUACAGCCCAAACAUUCGCACAGACAAUACCUACAUAGUCCUAUGUGCCCUUGUGUUUCUCACCAUGGCGGAAUGGAUGCACUUGCUUUACGGUGGGCUGACGCCCGAGGAGUUACAGGAACGUAUAAAUGCCAUGGGACACCGUACCUUUGCCAUCUUCGCUGCCAUUCCUCGCCUGGGCGUGGUCAUCAUCCGUAACAUGGAGAUUAUCGUGAUAGCAGACUCCCCCGCUCUUGCUUGUGGCUUCAUAGUGGCGAGCAUGUUCCCAGCGCUGUUAUUCCCACUGAUAGUGGCAGGUGCUCAAAAAAUACAAGGGUGGAUUGCAAAUAGGAGACAGCGUGCACCCGAGCACAAUGGAGCUGAGGACACAUCUACACGAGUGACGAGUGACUCUGAGAAUCAGCAGAGCGUUCAUGUCCCUGAUGACGUCGAGUCAUCGGUUCGUCACAAUCGGCAUCUCCGUUUGUUCGAAGGACAAAGUGGAUUCAAUCCAGCAGCUGAGGAACACGAUUAACGUCGUCGCCUUAGCAUUGCGUCUUUCCCCAUCAUCUGCUUCACACCGCCUUGUUUCAGGCAGAGAAGAUAUGAAUUCAAGGUACACCAUUCUUCCGUUAUAUGCUGCGUUCGAUAGACAGAACUACUUUGUAUUUCGGGUUUCCUAUUUGUUUCGUUUUAAUGUAUACCUACAUGCACAAUACCCAUAUUCAGCGGU